AUGCCUCCCCCUCACCACCACCAACAUCAUCAUCCUCAGCAGCACCAUCACCAGGGUGGCCCUCGAGGGCCCUCCUUCCAGGAGCACGGUGGUGGCCCGCUGACCCAGCAGCCCCUGCAGCCCCUCAUCCCCCUGCACAUGGCCCAACGCGGGGCACCAGUCAGGCCCCAGAUUGACCCACCGCCCCGCAUGAUGAGUCCCCCUCCCUCACACAACCACCAACAGCAACAACAACAGCAGCAGCAGCAGCAGCAGCAGCAGCCCAAGAACAUCCACAUCAACCCCCAUUUCAGGGGCCCUGCGUCCUCCCCUGCGCAAGGUAGGUCUGUACAUUGGGCUGCUCCGCAUGUUUGCAGGGCCAAAUGGAACCGAAUUCCCUAGAUACUGCACUACUGUUGGCCCUGGUCAAAAGUAAUGCUUUAUAAAGGGGAUAGGGUGCCAUUUCAUUGGGUUCUGACUUAUUGUAAUGAUAGUACCUCUUCUGUUGAAUGUUGUGAAUAUUUGCAAAUUAGGUGAAGGCAUGAGAUGCAAUUUGGUUUGCAGUUAUCAGUGCACUGCUUUGAAAAGUGUCUGGAUUAGAAUGUCAUGUUGUUUGGUUGAAUGACAAGAGGAUACGUCUCUCAGCCAGUAAUAGGUUCGUCAUUUUUUGGCAGCAUCUCCAUUCCUCAAUCUGUUUAUCUGCCCUGUCUUUCCAGACUGACGUUGAAGAGUGUGUGUGUGUGUGACAGAGAGAGACUCUGUGUGUGUGUGUUGAGGGGAGGGGGGUGGACAGGAUAACAGGAGUGUUUUACAGUUGUUGGCAAAUGUCCCUGAACCCAUACAGUGCAUUCGGAAAGUAUUCAGACCCCUUGACUUUUUCCACAUUUUGUUAUGUUACAGCCUUAUUCUAAAAUGAAUUAAAUAGUUUUUUCCAGCUCAUUAAUCUACACACAAUAACCCAUAAUGACAAAGAAAAAACAGGUUUUUAGAAAUGUUUACAAAUUUAUAAAACUAAACUAAAAUAUAACAGUUACAUAAGUAUUCCGACCCUUUAAUCAAUACUUUGUUGAAGCACCUUUGGCAGCGAUUACAGCCUCAAGUCUUCUUGGGUAUGACGCUACAAGCUUGGCACAUCUGUAUUUGGGGAGUUUCUCCCAUUCUCUGCAGAUCCUCUCAAGCGCUGUCAGGUUGGAUGGGGAGCGUCGCUGCACAGCUAUUUUCAGGUCUCUCCAGAGAUGUUCAAGUCUGGGCUCUGGCUGGGCCACUCAAGAACAUUCAGAGACUUGUCCCGAAGCCACUCCUGCGUUGUCCUGGCUGUGUGCUUAGGGUCGUUGUCCUGGUGAACCUUCGCCCCAGUCUGAGGUCCUGAGCGCUCUGGAGCAGGUUUUUAUCAAGGAUCUCUCUGUACUUUGCUCCGUUCAUCUUUGCCUCGAUCCUGACUAGUCUCCCAGUCCCUGCUGCUGAAAAACAUCCCUACAACAUGAUGCUGCCACCACCAUGCUUCAUUGUAGGGAUGGUGCCAAGUUUCUUCCAGACGUGACGCUUGGCAUUCAGGCCAAAGAGUUCAAUCUUGGUUUCAUCAGACGAGACAGAGAAUCUUGUUUCUCAUGGUCUGAGAGUCCUUUAAGUGCCUUUUGGCAAACUCCAAGCAGGCUAUCAUGUGCCUGUUAUUGAGGAGUGGCUUCUGUCUGGCCACUCUACCAUAAAGGCUUGAUUGGUGGAGUGCUGCAGAGAUGGUUGUUCUUCUGGAAAGUUCUCCCAUCUCCACAGAGGAACUCUAGAGCUCUGUCAGAGUGACCAUCAGGUUCUUGGUCACCUCCCUGACCAAGGCCCUUCUCCCCCGAUUUCUCAGUUUGGCCGGGCGAUCAGCUCUAGGAAGAGUCUUGGUGGUUCCAAACUUCUUCCAUUUAAGAAUGAUGGAGGCCACUGUGUUCUAAGGGACCUUCAAUGCCCUUCCCCAGAUCUGUGCCUCGAGACAAUCCUGUCUCGGAGCUCUAUGGACAAUUCCUUCGACCUCAUGGCUUGGUUUUUGCUCUGACAUGCACUGUCAACUGUGGGACCAUAUAUAGACAGGUGUGUGCCUUUCCAAAUCAUGUCCAAUCAAUUGAAUUUACCACAGGUGGUCUCCGAUCAAGUUGUAGAAACAUCUCAAGGAUGAUCAAUGGAAACAAGAUGCACCUGAGCUCAAUUUCGAGUCUCAUAGCAAAGGGUCUGAAUACUUAUGUAAAUAAGGUAUUUCUGUUUUUUAUAAAUUUGCAAAAAAUUCGAACCUGUUUUCGCUUUGUCAUUAUGUAGAUUGAGGGGGAAAAUUUUAUUUAAUACAUUUUAGAAUAAGGCUGUAACGUAACAAAAUGUGGAAAAAGGGAAAGGGUCCGAAUACUUUCCGAAUAACUGUACAUACAACGUAUUGUCCUUUUUUAAAUGUAUUUCUGUCAUUGGAAAUUAAUCAGCAUUACCAGUUGCAACUCAAACUGAUUAUGAAUUGAAAAUGUAUGUAAUAUUUACUGAAGUCAAGAAGCCUAGCUAAUACAUGUACCCAUCCACCUUAACCUGUGGUCCUUAAGAGAACUACAACCGCAUGCUUUUACUAUGUUCAUUCCUCUGUCCAGAUGUGUACAAGUGUGAGCCCAUUUCGGAGGUGAAAUAUAAAACAGCGCUCAGACGAACGCUAGAUCCACAUUCGGUGCGACGUGUGAGCCUUAAGACGUGCCUGUAUAACAGCUCACAAAGAGGUGUCUAAUGGACUGCCUCUCCUUCUCCCCACACUCGUUCUCUCUCUUCCUAUUCUAAUUUCUUGACCCCCCCCCGGACCCCCAAUCUUCUACAUCGUUCUCUCUCUCUGUCUGCAGUGCCCUUAAUGCCUCCUGCCCAGAGCCAGCCACCCAGACCUGCUGUGGGUCCUCAGAGGUUCCCUGUGAGUAGCAGCUGCUCCCCCAUCUCCGUUAACCAUGUGGACCUUUUUGUGAGAGAAAUGUCAUUAUGGCAAUUAGAUGCCCACUUGGGUCCAAAUACUGUUAGAGCAAAUCUGUAAACACUGAUACCAAGUCUGUCUGCACAACUGGAAAUGGUUGAUAGGGGCUUUAGGCAGUGGCUAUGGUGACAGGCUUAGUUUAGUUUGCACUCUUCAUGGAUGUGCUAGGGCUCAGACUCUGAGGUUGGCAUCAUAAUGGAAUCCUGAAAUCAGGCCUGCGUCCCAAAUGGAACCCUAUUCCCUACAUAGUGCGCUCCAUCUGACCAGAGCCCUAUGGGAAUAGGGUACCAUUUGGCAUGCAGCCCAGGAUAAAGCCUACUACCGCCAGUGAAAAUACCACUUUUUAUCUGCCAGUGAAAAUACCACUUUUUAGGACAAGUUUGUCCCAAAGCAGAACAGUCCUUUAGAAGGCUGUUUGAAUGGAUAAAACAUGCCCAAAAUAUUGUUUUUGUUUCAUACUCAGGGCUAAAUAGAUAGUCAGGUAGUCAAAGAAAGGAAUCUGUAGUCAUUGAAGAGCCUCUGAGUAAACUAGAACCUAUUGCAGAGAUGACAGGAAAGGAAUGCCUUUUAAAGUGAUUACAACAUUGUGGGGGAAGUGGAUUGGCCAGGCAGCCAAAUAUGCCUCAAGUUACUCCGCGUGCAUCCCAAAUUGCACCCUAUUCCCUACAUAGUGUGCUACUUUUGGCCAGGGCCCAUAGGGCUCUGGUCAAAAGUAGUGCACUAUGUAGGGUAUAGGGUGCCAUUUGGGAUGUAGGUUCAGUUCUCCCAGCUAAUGAUGCCCAGGCAUCAGGUGGCGCUGGUGCUGACUGACACCUUCCCGGGAAGAGUGUUUUAUAUGGAUUCAUGCAAAUCGGCUAUAAAAUUUUAAAAAAAGAAGGGCUGCAUCCAAUUGCAUUUGGUGAAAGGUUUAUAAACCUUGUCAACAAAUGAGCCAGGGUCUCGCGUUAGUCUGUUAUUUGGAAAUUGCCAACAUUUUAUUCUGUCUUCCUCGUCUACUCUCCAUUUCAAUUUUCCAGUGCCAGUUUCCAUCAGUCUGUGAUGGUGGUGGACAUUGAUAGCAGAGAGAGUGCUCCAGUGUGUGUAGCAGAGCUGUUUUUCACUUUUGUACGAGUUUGAGCGAGAGGGAGAGGCUUAGCUGACGUCUAGCAUGUUGUUGGUUUCCCCAGCUGUCAAUCGCGUUUAGGCUGCUAUUGCCACAGACACGAUUAGAAAUACAGGUCACAAAAAGCCCAGCAACAUCCAUGUACCAUUGGGCACCAGAUUACGGAUGAUUAUCAUACAUUAUCAUAUUAUCAAAUGUAAUUGUUCAAGAAGGGGAGGGGGAGAUUCUUCACCAUCUGUAAUAUCGUUAUAUGGAAAAAUAUUAAUCAGGGGUUCCAAUUAAGAGCUCAUUAGGGGGCUAUAAUGAUAAAAAAAAUACAGCUAGUCAAGAAUAGAUGUUUGUUUGUAAUUUGCAUGUAGCAGAAAUAGUAUACAUUAUAUCAAGUGCUUGGUGGUGCAGUACCCUAUAUUCAUUUAGCAGUGGCUGGCCGCCUCUUCUAAAUCGUUGCAGGCAUGCCAAGAAAUAUAAUUUUAUAAAAUAUUGCAAUGGUAAAACGUUGUCAGUGUAAACGUAAAUGACUAAAACCAAUAUGAAGUAUAUAGAAAAGAUAAAGGAGCUAUAUAUUUUUAAACAAGAUAAUCUGAGAACUAACGAUCGGCAAUAAAAACUAGACAGUCAGAGAAUCUAAAAUUCCAAAAAUGUCGUGGCAUGGGGCCCCCAUUGAUUUUGUUAUGUUUGAGUCAGUCAGAUGUCAUUAAAAAACGCCAUAAGCCAUGGCAAAAAUGUGUAGAAUUGCAGGAAACAAGCUUUUAAAACUAAAAUGUUCUCUCUGCCCUGUGGCAAAAUGUGUAGAAUUGCUGGAAAUUAACUUUAAAGCAGGCAAAUGUUUUCUCUGCGGCCAAGAGGAUAGCCUUUAAAAUCUUUGGUCGGAGACCGCGCAAUUGGCCAUGCCCACUACCACACACCCCCCACGCUAACUUUGCCACCGCUGCUGAAAAAAAAUCCAGGUUAGAUAUUGAUAACAUGAAAGUAGCCUUGGUUCCACAUUGACCAAGCUACAAAGAACUUUAAACUGUGACAUUGAAGUCACAUCGGGCAAAUGUUCUGUCUGAUGGUGGAGGCACUUAUCUAACAUGUCUUUCAGCCUCAUUGGUCAACUGUACCAUUGUCCUUAGAAAGGUGAAAUCCCUCCCUCAUCAGUGGCAACAAUAUGCAAUUUGUACAAAACACUAUGUCCAAAGAGGGAACGACCAAAACAAAUGUCACUUCUAAUCCUCUUCAUUUCCAUUUCUCAUUGAAUGGUUUGACAUUUGGCCCGGUCCAUUGUAUGACAUUUGUCUUAGCUAGCCCUCUCUCUUUCCGAGGGGGAUAUCUGCAGCAUCAGUUACACAUUGAGCACCUCUCAGCCUGUUUAUCAAGGAUUAACACUCAGAUGAUGAGACGCGUUAUCAAAUUCAUACAAAUUUCCAGAGGUAUUAUGUAGACAACCGAGCCUCCAUUGUGCAUACCGGACUGACCUUUGAAACAGAGCGUUAAUGUCCAAACUAACAAUGUGAUCCGCUCCCUCUCCUCCUCUGCUUCGUUAAGCCCCGUUGAUUAACUUUCUGUUAAGCAACUUUGGUGACUCUCUCGCCCUUCCAGCAUACAAAACACCCCUCUAUCCCUCUCUAAAUGCCGUCAGUCUACCGGCGAAUCAAGAUGGAUUAAGCUUAGAUAGCAUCUUAAGUCAUUUAUAAAGCGGCGAGGAGGAGGGAGGUCUAAGCACCCCAUUUGUGGAAGUGCAACAUGUUGAGUUGAAGGUUAAUUUUUCAACAGAGACUCAUGUUUAAGAGAAUAAAGGAGAGACUGGCUAUGAGGGGGCCUUUUUAUUCCGAGGACGGAUUACAGGAUCGUUAUCUGCUGCUUUUCCUUGAAGUUAGAUUAGAUGCAGCACGGUGGGGGGGAUUGUGUGCUGUGUGGAAAGCUGUUGUACAUACAAAAUAGGUGGCUGGAACAAAGAAAUUAACACUGAUUUAACCCAAGCCCAAAAUGCUUUGCCGUCCUUGUUCCCGAAACGCGAGCAGGUCACCUCAGUCAACAAAGUUCUAUUUAUGCUUUAGUGCAGGUUUACCAUAGCGAUCCUGUAAUUCACAAUGUUUUAUACAAUAUUUUACAAUAUUUGAACCGUUUCUCGAAUGGAAGUUUUCCUGACCAAAAUGGCAAAUUUUUUGUCAUGUUGCUAGGAUCCAUUGACUACUCUAGUGAAUUAUAGUGGUUUACUCUCACUUAUUCUCAAUGGUAUUUUCUCUGAAUAUGUGUGCGCACAUUGAUACAUUUUACGCAAGUCAACAUCAUGCCUAAUGAGAAUAAUCCUAGCCAUUAAAUUCCGAGCACUCACUCCCUUUCUAGUAUAAUAUUAUUACCCGAAAUGCCCUUUUUUGGGUUUUUUAAUUAGUUUGUGAUUACAGUGGUUCUCAAUGUGGAAUUAAAUGCAUGAGCGUUUUUGUGUGCACCUCUCCCCCCUCACAGGGACCGGGGGACUUCCAGCAACAGCACAUGCCUGGUAAUUUCAGCCAGCCGCCCCAGAGGCCCCCCCAUCACAUGGAGCCCUGGAGGAACCAGCCUCCCCCCACACCCCAGGACAGAGAGCCCUUCUUCAUCGGGGGUAAGACCACAGCCUUGCGUCCCAAUUGGCACCUUAUUCCCUAUUUAGUGCACUAUUUUUGUCCCAAAUGGCACCCUAUUCCCUACAUAGUGCACUACUUUUGACCAGCGCGCUCUGGUCAUAAGUAGUGCACCACAUAGGGAACAGGGUGCCAUUUGGGACGCAAGGGUGCCAUUUGGGACGCAGCCCUCCUUACCUAGCCCCACACACCCAGCUCACCCACCCAUGCUUCCUUCCCUGCCUUUAAGGGGUUACAUCUUCUCUCUUAGUUUAUCUAACCCUUCUGGGCAUUAACCCCUCACAAUACACCUUCAGGGUAAGCUGCAAGCGCAAUUGCGGAGUUCCAUUAACUCAAUUAAUGUUAUAUGUAUGUGCACAUACAUGCAUUCGAAUGAGUCGGGGCUCCUAAUGUACAUGCGUAUCACUUCUCCAUUUACUGCUUAUGUGGAAUUAAAAUGCCAUCAAAUAUUGGUGUCAUAUUCUGUUAAAAUAGAUGUAUGGCAGUCGCUGUCUGAUGUAUUGAAAGUGAGUGGAAUUGCGGCGACACAGCAAACAACUUGACGUCUCAGUUGUGGUUCUUUCCUCCCUCCUAUUUCCCCUCCUGUUCUAUAGAGCCAGGGCGGUUCCCAGGGCAGCAGCUGCUCAUGUUCGAUCACCAGAACCCUGGUUUGCUCAUGAACAGUAACAACCACCAGCUCCCCGGCCAGGGCCACAUGGCCUUCAGUCAGCCAAGCCCAGGAGGGUUCAACCCGCCAGGCCAGGGUCCAGGGGGCCAGCUAGGGAUGUUCCAGAGAGAGCCCCCCAGACCUAACCUGCCUCCCCAGGGCCACCCCCAGAGCCACCAGGGCAUGGCCAGCCUGACUGGGCACAGUGGACCCACCAACACCAGGCUCUUCAUGGGUCACCGUCAGCCCGGCUUCCCCCAGCAGCAGGGGACUCCCGGGCCCUUCCCCUCACAGCAGCUCCAGUUUGGGAUGCAGGUACGGAUGAGAGUAAGUGAAUCUACUACCAAUUAACGUGUGUGGUGGUGGCCUUUGCUCUGCCUGUGCAUGAGGUGUACGGAAUGAUUCAAGCGUUGGUCCACAAAUGGGUAUGUUAUCUAUUUGUUAAUUCAUUUGUUUAGCAUUCACUCGGCAUGGAAGGGAAUCCGUUCAGUUUGUAUCGUAAACUAUUGCUUUCUCCAAGCUUCUUCACAAUCCGUGAUUAUACAGUACCUGUUAGGAUGCAUGUCAAAUGUGAAAUAUGGGCCUUUUUUUUUUUCUAAUCAAUUGUGUAUUUCAGCCAGUUUUCUCUCGAUUAUUAAAAUGUUGGAGACCCGAGUAAUGAUCACAUAAAUAAGUCAAGCUCGUUGAAUAUUCCCCGUUAGUGAAGCAGUCAUAAAAACAGCUCAUAUUUCUGAGACCUCCCUCCCAUGCGGUAUGUAUGGUGAGCCACAGACAAGAGUGCCCUCUAGUGUACCACUCAUAGUUCUACCUCUGUUACCGCGGCUAUUUGAGGACACCGAUUGGAGGUUAAUGAAAUGCAUGUAACAGUUUCUCCUUGAAAAAGCUUGAAUCGUGUACGGACGACAACUCAGAACUGUGGCAUUUUAAAAAAAUGUUGUAAUUAUUUGUCAAAACAGUACAUCUUUGACCCUGUCAAAGUUAAAAUCACUCACUCUGCCCACUUUGUCUUUUUGUAUUGAAAUUAAAACUAGGGCUUGAUGCAGCACGGCCUUCUCCACUCGCAGCUCCAGCAUCAUGACUUGCCUCUAUCCCAUCAGCAGCAACAACAACAUCAGCAGCACCGCAGACAGGACCUGUCUCAGCCUCACCCUCAGCACCACCCUCACCCCCAUCCCAGCGAGCAGCGGCAAGGCCCCAUGAUGCACCGCGGCGGGCAGGGCCAGCCCCCCUUCCACCAGCAGCAGAUGCAGCAGCACGGCAGCCCCAGACAGAUGCACCCUAGCGUGCCCCGCCCCCAGAACCUCCAGCAGCGCAACGCCCUCAUCAGACCCAGGAUGGUGAGCAGCCAUGUUUUGUUUUUCCCUUUUUGUUUCAGAAUUGUGAAAUGAUUGUGCUCACAGUCGGUCAUAGGACUGUUUGGGUUUAUGGCAAGUUCCAAAUGAUUUAGAAGGAAUUGACAUGCUUUACUUUCAAUCAAAAACCCAAGGGGCACAAAAAGAAAAUCACAUUGGUUAUAUUGGCUAUGCAUAUCAAGCAAAUGUCAAUACAAAUCAUUCCCCCUUUCCACAGAGCCCUCCUACCCCCAAAGUUAUUCCCCAGCGCAACAGCAACCUCCGCGAGCUCCCCGUGGCACCUGGCAACCAAAACAUGAACAAUGUCCGCCUUGCCUCUGCGCCAAACGCCUCCAACGUCAGGCCCGUUGCCAGGGCAAUGCAGGGGGGGGUGCGUCCAGGCCUGAACGCUCGGCCGGUACCCGGCGGUGGCAGAGGAAGAGCCCAGCCUACUGCUGCCAACAAGGCUGCAGCACAGCUUCCUGGGCCACCUGAAAGAACGGUGGUUCGCAGGGAUUCCACAGGCACUCGGCCAAACACAGCAGUACAGGUCAGUUCUGCACCACAUGUAAAUGGCACCCUAUUCCCUAUAUAGUGGAAUAAAGCUCUGAUCAAAAGUAGUGCACUAUGUAGGGAAUAAGGUGCCAUUUUGGAUGCACCCAAAAGGAGUGUCUAAAUAAAACAGUGUUGAAGUCAUGCUAAAACAGGAAAACAAAGGCAAACGGCUGGGAUUUCCAUGUGCGACUCAUUUGCAAUAUAGAAAGAAUUUAGAAAAUGGCCUUCAAGUUUUAUUUCAUUUAUCGUUUUCUCUGUUGUAUCAUCACAUAUUCAAGGCAUGGAGAUCAUUUGAGAAUGUUUUAUUAUUUUGACAGACGGUGUGCCUGUAAAAUUCAGUAACCUGAGAUAAUAAGCCGAGCUAAGCCCACCGUGAUCUUAAAUGGGGUAGUUCUAUUUAUUAAUGGCCCAAUCAUAAGGUUAUAAAUGAGAUGAGAAUCGUUCACGGAGUCCAUUAGAAAAUAAAUCAAUACCAUCGUAGUAUAUUUCUCUGGGGUAUCGCUUCUCAUUGCUACUGUGAAUGUCACACCAAUUUAGACGGUUCCAAUGGUAAAUGCUGCAGCUCUGUGGCUGUGUCUCAAAUGGCACCCUAUUGCCUAUAGUGCAUGGCUUUUGACAAGCGCUAGUCAAAAGUAGUGCACUAUAAUGGGAAUAAUGUGAAGUUUUGCCAUUGACCUCACAAUAUGAUAUGUAUUGCUAUUCUCACGAUUCUAAACUCAGCAAAAAAAGAAACGUCACUUUUUCAGGAACCUGUCUUUCAAAGAUAAUUCGUAAAAAUCCAAAUAACUUCACAGAUCUUCAUUGUAAAGGGUUUAAACACUGUUUCCCAUGCUUGUUCAAUGAACCAUAAACAAUUAAUGAACAUGCACCUGUGGAACGGUCGUUAAGACACUAACAGCUUAGACGGUAGGCAAUUAAGGUCACAGUUAUGAGAACUUAGGACACUAAAGAGGCCUUUCUACUGACUCUGAAAAACACCAAAAGAAAGAUGCCCAGGGUCCCUGCUCAUCUGCGUGAACGUGCCUUAGGCAUGCUGCAAGGAGGCAUGAGGACUGCAGAUGUGGCCAGGGCAAUAAAUUGCAAUGUCUGUACAGUGAGACGCCUAAGACAGCGCUACAGGGAGACAGGACGGACAGCUGAUCGUCCUCGCAGUGGCAGACCACGUGUAACAACAACUGCACAGGAUCGGUAAAUCCGAACAUCACACCUGCGGGACAGGUACAGGAUGUAGCUCAAUUGGUAGAGGAUGGCGCUUGUAACGCCAGGGUAGUGGGUUCGAUCCCCGGGGCCACCCAUAAGUAAAAAAGUCUGCUAAAUGGCAUAUUAUAACAACUGCCCGAGUUACACUAGGAACGCACUAUCCCUCCAUCAGUGCUCAGACUGUCCGCAAUAGGCUGAGAGAGGCUGGACUGAAGGCUUUUAAGCCUGUUGUAAGGCAGGUCCUUACCAGACAUCACCGGCAACAACAUCACCGGCAACAAGGUCGCCUAUGGGCACAAACCCACCGUUGCUGGAUCAGACAGGACUGGCAAAAAGUGCUCUUCACUGACAAGUCGCGGUGUUGGAUCGGAGGGUGAAGGCUAGGGCCAUUUCCCCCAGAAAUGUCCGGGAACUUGCAGGUGCCUUGGUGGAAGAGUAGGGUAACAUCUCACAACAAGAACUGGCAAAUCUGGUGCAGUCCAUGAGGAGGAGAUGCACUGCAGUACUUAAUGCAGCUGGUGGCCAAACCAGAUACUGACUGUUACUUUUGAUUUUGUCCCCCCCUUUGUUCAGGGACACAUUAUUCAAUUUCUGUUAGUCACAUGUCUGUGGAACUUGUUCAGUUUGUCUCAGUUAGUUGAAUCUUAUGUUCAUACAAAUAUUUACACAUGUUAAGUUUGCUGAAAAUAAACGCAGUUGACUGAGAGGACGUUUCUUUUUUUGCUGAGUUUACAAAACAUUAGGAACACCUGCUCUUUCCAUGACAUAGACUGACCAGGUGAAAGUUAUAAUCCCUUAUUGAUGUCACUUGUUAAAUCCACUUCAAUCAGUGUAGAUGAAGGGGAGGAGACAGGUUAAAGAUGGAUUUUUAAGCCUUGAGUCAUGGAUUGUGUGCCAUUCAGAGGGUGAAUGGGCAAGACAAACGAUUUUAGUGUCUUUGAACGGGGUAUGGUAGUAGGUGCCAGGCGCACCGAUUUGAGUGUGUCAAGAACUGCAACACUGCUGGGGUUUUCAUACUCAACAGUUUCCCGUGUGUAUCAAGAAUGGUCCACCACCCAAAGGACAUCCAGCCAUCGUGACACAACUGUGGGAAGCUAUGGAGUCAACAUGGACCAGCAUCCCUAUAGAACGCUUUCGACACCUUGUAGAGUCCAUGCCCCAAUGAAUUGAGGCUGUUCUGAGAGCAAAAGUCUGCUGCGGAGGGACGAGAGAGCUAUGAGAAAACGAGUUUUGAUCAGUCAUGGAAAUAAAAGUGCUGAAAACAAAUGGGCUCAUUAUUUAAAAAGAGCAAGCUAUGAAGGAAAAAUACUGGAGUUUUGGUACAGCAAACUAGCGCAAAAAUAAUUAUGCAAUAUUGUAAAAAAGAUACUAUACAAUAUAUCGGCAAAAAUAAUAUCACGAUAUGAAACUAUCAAUUUCUUUCCCCAUCACUAUUCUGAGGGCCAAUAGGGCUUUGGUCAAAAGUAGUGCACUAUAAUGGGAAUAGGGUUCCAUUGUGGAUGCAGACCAUGUUACUAGCACAUGGUGAGUUUGAUGUGUCUUUGGGAUGUUUCUCAUAUUGUUCGGUUGGUUGUAGGAUCCGGACGAGGACGAGGAGACGCGGCAGUACCGUCUGAAGAUCGAGGAGCAGAAGCGUCUCCGGGAGGAGAUCCUGAAGAGGAAGGAGAUGAGGAGGCAGAUGCAGGCCAGCGUCCGCAAGAAAGAGCUACUGGAACGCAUCAACGGCCAAGGUGACCCACCACAACAACAGCCGCAACACCAACAACAGCAGCAGCGUCAGUUUCCUCCUAAACCUCAACAGCCCCAGCAAGGCUCUACUGCCUUCCCUCCUAACGGCAGGGAAGCCCCACAGACGCCCCUCGCGCUCCACCAGAACGUCAAGACCCGCCUGACCAAGGGCCAGGGUCAGCAAGCCCCGGCUCCAGGCUGGCAGGGCGGCCAGCAGGGGCAGAACACUGGCCCCGGGGGCCCCGGUCCCAACCCUAACCAGCAGGUCCAGUGGCAACAGCAACACGGGCAGCAGAGGUGGAACGUUACCCAGCUGAACCCUAUCAGACCAGGGGGGGCCCCUCCCAUGGGGAACAUGCCCAUGCAGGGAGUCCCGAUGGCGGGUAUGGGUUCAGGCCAGGCCCAGUCUCUGGGGCCUAAGUCAGGGGUGAAGAGAACUGUGAUGCAGCGAGCCAAUAGUGGAGACGGAGCAGGGCCGCAAGUCCCACAGAAAGUCAGAGUGGUCAAGCUUCUAGGAGGGGUGAGUUCCUGGUUUGGUGAUUUGCUUUUGGACUGACAGACAUAGGGUUGCAAGAUUCCCAGAAUCUGGAGGGAAUAAACAGGAAAUCCUCCAACCAGGAUGUCUGGGAAUUUUAGAAAAUCUACCUGAAUUUUGCAGUCCUAAACAGUGUCUUUGUUUCGUUUUGUCUUUGUUUUGUCUUUGUUUCGUUUUGCCUUUGUCCUGCGGUACGUUCGGUACCUUCUAUCGUUUCCUUGAAAGUUAAUUCAACCCAAGAAUUUCCAGAUACUUUUAAAUGUCACCCACUCCCUAGGAGGACCACAUGUUUUGUAACAUAUUUGAGUGGUGGUAUUGAAGAUGCUUCCACACCCAUCUUUACAAUAUUAAAAGGCACGAGUCAUUAAAGUGAACUGUCUGGCAUUUAUCAGACUUUUAUCAAAUGUAUUUGGUGUUAGAGACACCAGUUCACUGCUCCUAAAGUUUGGUGUCUGUCCUUUUUAAAGGCAUCCCUAUAUUGUCUUUAAAAUAUAUAGACAUGGGAACUUUAAGUGCGAAACAGGCAAGACAGUUAUGAGCCAACUGGGUCCAGAUUCAGAAAUCAGUUUAUGAUCAGUUUAUUCACAUUGGUUCAAAUCACUACUGCCGCCUUAAUUAUGAAUUAAUCUCGGGUGUAAAUUGGAAAAGGCUUUGUGUUAAAACAGUCAUAUCUGUCGUUGAUGAGGCAGUUGUGAGAUGUGAUGUAUUUUGGAGUAAGCUGCUUUGCUCCCAUCCCAGAGGAUUAGGCUGUAAAGGCUGAAUCGCAGGCUCUCUCUCUGCUGCCAUAAAUUAAGAUAACUGAGUGUCAGCCACGUUAGUAGAAACCUGUUCCGAGCUAUCUGAAGUGCUGCAUCUCCGAGGGAGAGAGGGAGCCCAUAGCUGUGCUGAAAAGCAGAUUCUCCAGAUACUUUCUCCACCACACAUUGUUCCGCUGUCAUCGACGGCAGCCUGACAAUGUUAUCUCUCUCCCUCCCUCUACAGCAGCCGCCUCUCAGGUGUGUGAGCCAUAGAAACGUUCAACGUCAACUCACGACUCGCGUCAAUUAAUCUUCCCUUAGCAGGGCGGCUCUGCGCCAUAAUACCUGUGUAAGAAAGAGUCGCCACUUUUGAGGGAAUUGGAUUUGUAUAGUUUAGGCAGUGCAGAUAAGGGGGGGGGGGGUUUAAUCAGGCAGAAUAGGGCCCAACAAUGGAACACGCGAUACAAAAGCCAGGGGGGUGGGGAGGAUAGGGGGUGGGGUAAUGGGACGGGGAACAUGUCAAGCCGGUGUCACUCAGGUGUAAUGCAGCUUAGCAUCUGAUGGGUGCAAUCAGCAGCUGUAGAUUUCUAUAGGAGGAUUAAUCCAUUUACUGUGGGAUGACAGCAGGAGACCGGUCAGAGUCAGAUAGCACUGCUGUCUUUCUCUCCUUUUUUCCCUCUUUUCCCAGUAUUGAUCUGUCACAUUAAGAGGAGGAACAACCUUCAUCUCUUUCAGCCUGUGUGUGUGUGCUUGUUUGGGUGUGCAUGUGUGUAAGCUAUACAGCCCUAGCUAUCUGUAACUAUUUAAUAACCAGAGGGUAACCAUGUUGGAUCCAUUCUCAGCAUGAGGCCCACAGUGCUCCGCCUCAAAGCUAAUGUCUUCAUGGGUAUUGUGGUGUGAGAAUAGGAAAGCCAGACUCGCUUCAGACAUUGCUCAAGGGCGCAUUUCGACAGGACCAUUUUCAACCAUUUUGGUGUUCGAUUUUAUGUCUGGAAUCCUUGAUCGGUCUGUGUUCUCUGCAUCGCCAGGCCCCUGCAUUGAAUCCAAGGACUCCAUCCAGACUACACUGUGUAACUGUGUUAAAACCGAGAAAUUAGUAGAAAGUCUGUUGAUCAGAGUAUGUGUCCCAAAUGGCACCCUAUAGCCUGCGAUAGUGCACUACGUUGUCACCCCCAUAGGACUCUGGUCAAAAGUAGUGCACUAUAUGGGGAAUAGGGUGCCAUUUAGGACACAGCCCUGCAGUCUAUUUAUUUUCCCUGUGCUGUGUGAUCUCUAGGGAGGAGAUGUGAGUGGUGCCAGCGCCCCCAUCCAGCAGCAGGCCACCAGGCCAGCCCUCCAGCUCCGCCAGGGCCCAGUGAGGAAGGUAACCCUGGCCAACCCCCCCGUCGAACAGCCCAUACAGGGCCUGGUCACACAGGGGGGCAGAGGGGGCAUGGGCAACAGGGUAGGUUGUUAUAUCUACUCACACCUAUCACCAUUACCAGCACUACAUUAAAAAAAGACAGUGUUUGUGUCCCAAAUGGCACCUUAUUCCCUACAUAGCCAUUUGAGGUGCCAUUUGGGAUGGAACCGGUGGACUCUAAACAGGGCCUAGCUAACAUGCUAUAGCGUUACUUACCAGGGUCUGCAACUAGGUUUUUGGUCCACCAGCCAAUACUGUAAUAUUAAGGGCAGGUGUAGUAUUUUUGACAGGAGCGCUACAUAGAACUUUCCUCUUAAAUAUAGAUGUAAGAAAAUCCUCUCUGAAUACUAUUCGCUAUGUUUUUUAUGCCUCUGGCAUUCCCCUGCCAUUUAUAUUAGUAGCUGUACCAUUGGAGUAGCUCUGGUAAUAACUUAAGACAGGACAGUAUGCCAGGUGUAGUAAUGUUGACAAGCUGAGAGUCGACGUGACACGGCUGCUACACGGGGUCCCCUGGCCUCUGCACGCCUGUCACCAGCCUGCCGUCUCGGGGGACCGGACGGACGCUCUCUACUCGGCGACACUGACAGGGAAAGGCAGCCACCAUGACGCCUGGUUGGCUGGCUCUCUCCUUCUUUGUACUCUGGGGUCGCUCCCUCUCUCCGCCGCGGUGGCUGACGAACGAACACACCGCUCCCUCCCUCCCUCGCUCUCGUAUGAAGAUACAACAGAUGCGCGCAGGCAGCAGUCAUCAUGUUUUGACGUUGAUGCCGUAUGUAGAAAUAUGAUAAAUCAAUCAAGCAAAAGCACCAGCUCAGCAGCCUGGAGGUGUUUAUGUGAAAAUUUAGAUUUUUUUUUCACUCAUGCUGAAAAACGGUAGACCCUGGUAGAUGUGUGGUCCUCUGUAGCUCAGCUGGUAGAGCACGGCGCUUGUAACGCCAAGGUAGUGGGUUCGAUCCCCGGGACCACCCAUACACAAAAAUGUAUGCACGCUUUGGAUAAAAGCGUCUGCUAAAUGGCAUAUUAUUAUUAUGUAAGUCACUCUGGAUAAGACCAUCUGCUAAAUGACGUACAUUUACAGUGCAUUCGGAAAGUAUUCAGACCCCUUGACUUUUUCCACAUUUUGUUAAGUUACAGCCUUAUUCUAAAAUUGUUUAAAUUAUGUUUUUUCCUCAUCAAUCUACACACAAUAUCCCAUAAUAACAAAGCCAAAACAGCUUUUUAGAAAUUUUUGCAAUUUUAUAAAAAAACAAAAACAGGAAUAGUAUAUAGUAUUCAGACCCUUUGCUAUGAGACUCGAAAUUGAGCUCAGGUGCAUCCUGUUUCCAUUUAUCAUCCUUGACAUGUUUCUACAACUUGGAGUCCACCUGUGGUAAGUUCAAUUGAUUGGACAUGAUUUGGAAAGACACACACCUGUCUAUAUAAGGUCUCACAGUUGACAGUGCAUGUCAGAGCAAAAACCAAGCCAUGAGGUCGAAGGAAUUGUCCGUAGAGCUCCAAGACAGGAUUGUGUCGAGGCACAGAUCUGGGGAAGGGUACCAAAAAGUUCCUGCAGCAUUGAAGGUACCCAAGAACACAGUGGCCUCCAUCAUUCUUAAAAUGGAAGAAGUGUGAAACCACCAAGGCUCUUCCUAGAGCUGGCCGCUCUGACAAACUGAGCAAUCGGGGAGAAGGGCCUUGGUCAGCGAAGUGACCAAGAACCCGAUGGUCACUGACAGAGCUCCAGAGUUUUUCUAUGGAGAUGGGAGAACCAUCCAGAAGGACAACAAUCUCUGCAGCACUCCACCAAUCAGACCUUUAUGGAUGAGUGGCCAGAUGGAAGCCACUCCUCAGUAAAAGGCACAUGACAGCCCACUUGGAGUUUGCCAAAAGGCACCUAAAGACUCUCAGACCAUGAGAAACAAGAUUCUCUGGUCUGAUGAAACCAAGAUUGAACUCUUUGGCCUGAAUGCCAAGCUUUAUGUCUGGAGGAAACCUGGCACCGUCCCUACGGUGAAGCAUGGUGGUGGCAGCAUCAUGCUGUGGGAAUGGUUUUCAGCGGCAGGGACUGGGAUACUAGUCAGGAUGGAGGGAAAGAUGAACGGAGUAAAGUACAGAGAGAUCCUUGAUGAAAACCUGCUCCAGAGCGCUCAGGACCUCAGACUGGGGCGAAGGUUUACCUUCUAACAGGACAAUGACCCUAAGCACACAGCCAAGACAAUGCAGGAGGCUUUGGGACAAGUCUCUGAAUGUCCUUGAGUGGGCCAGCCAGAGCCUGGACUUGAACCCGAUCGAACAUCUCUGAAGAGACCUGCAAAUAGCUGUGCAGCGACGCUAUUUAAACUCCCCAAAUACAGGUGUGCCAAGCUUGUAGCGUCAUACCCAAGAAGACUCGAGGCUGUAAUCACUGCCAAAGGUGCUUCAACAAAGUACUGAGUAAAGGGUCUGAAUACUUCAGUAAAUGUGAGAUUUCAUAUAUAUAUAUAUAUAAAAAAAUUAAACCUGUUUUUGCUUUGUCAUUAUGGGGUAUUGUGUGUACAUUGAGGGGAAGAAACAAUUUGUCUGUAACGUAAAAAAAACUGUAAAAUUCAAGGGGUCUGAAUACAAUGAGACGCGCUUUCCGAAUUCGCGCCUCAUUACCACUCGGCUGGAUGCGGAAUUAAAACAUCAACACCUGCAUUAGAGGUUCAAGCAGUUUCCUCUCUUUUUUCCCCCUCCCCCUUUCUUUCCUCCCUGCCUGGUGCAGGUGGUUGUCCCAGGGCGUGGCAGAGCCAGAGGGGCAGCGGGGGCUGGAGGAGCGGGUCAGCUGGGGCGUGGGCGCCUGAUUCCCACCAGACAGAGCCAGCGAGGGGCAGGGGACAGCCAGGCCUGUACUGUGUCCAUAGACGGCCUCUCCACAUCCACCACCGACGCGCAGCUCCGAAACUUGCUCAACUCAAUCGGCCCCAUCCAGGUAGGCCUUCUCUCCUUGUCUCUCUCCGUGCUGCGUCCCAAAUGGCACCCUAGUAUUCCCUAGAUAGGGCACAACUUUUGUGUGUAUGUGUGUGUAUAUAUAUAUAUAUAUAUAUAUAUAUAUAUAUAUAUAAAGUAGAGCACUCUCUAGGGUGCCAUUUGGGACGCAUUCCCUACUCUCCCUCCAUGCUUCCCUGCUCCACCGGUGGAACCUCUUUUAUGCUCCGUCUCAUAUUGGUGGACUGUAAUGUGGAUCCGAUUGUGGUCUGCUAGCACCCUCUAGCUACAGAAUGUAAUAUAACCACACAUGCCUCCCCCAUCCGCCCAUGCUCCCUCUUGUGGGAGAGAAGAGAAGCUUGAGAUGGGGGUAGCAGCAACUUGUUCUAAACACGCCUGCUCUUCCCUUGUUCUGCUUAUGCUGCUGCAGAUGUUCAAAAUGCUGCCCCAGCAGAGGAAAGCCAUUGCCAAAUUUCACAAUCCCCAGCAUGCCUUGAGUUUCCAAGUCAGCUUCAACAGGUAAAUAAACCACUUUGUUUCACUCUCCCUUUUUAAAACCCACAAUCCUCUGUCACUAUUCUGAAAUUGUAGUCUCCCCAAAAUGCAUCAUUAUGAAUAGGGCUUACACCUAACACCAAAUUAGAACGCUUACUCAUCGAGGCAUCUUUCUUUUGGAACCAUACAGGCAUAUGAUAGAUUUGUCCCAUAUUGACGUGUCACUGAUUGAUGUCUGAAGCGCGCUGUAGAGGGAGGUGUCGAGCGCCCAGUGCAGGACGUCACGCCUGGCGCUCAUGCGGCUUGGAGGCUUCCGUGUACAGAUCCACAGCCCUAUGGAACGCUAAGAGCCUACACCGCACCCUCAUCCUCCUCACAACAAGCACCCCUGACCGCCUCACCUGCUGA